UUAUCAUAAAAUCGGACACAGUUGACAACCGUUCUUCGCGCGCGAUACACGUCUUUUCGCAAGCUCGUGCACACCUAGUGAAGUCGUUUCUCUUUCUUACGUUUUUCUGCUGUGAUACUUUUGCAUUCAAUGCAAAAUGCAUUCACACAGAAAAAAUACGCUCGUCGUGGACUUCGGUGUCCUGCCGAAAAGGCCCGCAAUCGAGCAAGUGGAAGAAUUCCUCCAAAAGUUCGUCAAGCUCGACAUGGCGGAUGUGAGGAAUAUACAAUUGCAUACCCUCAAAAGUUGCGUUUUCAUCGAGAUGAACGAUGCCGGUGUAGCCCCGCGGCUACAAAAACAACACCAUCUCCAACACUGCUUCAUUCGCGAGGGAUUGAAGUACUAUAUUCCAAUCUACGUAGAUGGGCCUACUACUACAGUAAGGAUCCAUGACCUCCCGCCGCAGAUGUCGAAUACCGUCAUUUGGGAUCAUAUGGAGCAGUACGGCAAAAUUAUAUCCAUCCACAAUGAGGUAUGGAAAAAUUACUUCAAGGGGGUGCCGAACGGAGUCAGAGUAGUACGAAUGAGGAUGGAGAAAAAAGUGCCGUCGUACAUCGUGAUCAACAAUGAGCGCACAUUCGUCUCUUACCCAAACACAAAUCCGACUCAUGAAACGCAACAACAACAACAACCAGCAAACACUCCUACAGACCGUACGACGAUCGACGAACACCAGCACGUUAUAGCAGAUGGACCCCCGGCUGCAAGCGAAUCCGAUGAACAGAACGACAACAACGAUGACGACGGUAGUAGCGCAAAUGAAACCGAUUUCGAGCAAGAAUCUGCAGGCAAAACCAAAAGGCGGUUGUCAACGGAAACGUCUAGCAGCACGAAAGAAGAUAACCAACCAAAGCGAACGUGCAACCAGGGUGACCAGGAAUGUGAGAGAACAGUGGAAGAAGAAUUUAUCGAAUCUGAAUGGAAAGUUUAUAAUACUAGGUCUAAGAAAAAAUAAUGUAAAUUUAGCUUUCGACAUGAAUGCACCAAGCGGUGUAAAAUGUCGUAAAUAAAACAAAACAAACAAACAUAAAAUCGGACAAGGAAUUUAUUUAAGAGUAUUUUGAAGUUUUUUUUGCAUUUCUCGUGACAUUACCACUAGUUUAACUUUUCGUAUUACUGUAUGCAUUUUGUCAUGAUUUUCACUAGGAAUUUUAUCUGAAUAUAAAUCAAAUUUCCCAGUCAUUUUUCUAAGGAUGCCUCCAGAGGAACAUAAAGGAUUUUUUGAAACUAUUAGGUUAUUUUUUUAAAUAAAUCUGGGGGUAAAUUUUGAA